AUCUGCUUGUUGAAAGCAGUCGUGGUCAUCUAGAUAUUUCCAAUUACUGAAGAACAUUAAAGCCGUGGGUGGUGCGUGAUAUGAGUGAAAAUUAACUAAACGGGCAAUAUAUUAUUUAAAUUAAUGUUGUGUCAAUUUACGAAAGACAGAUUUUUGUUGGACAGAUGGACACGAGCAGAUAUUCCUGUAAUUUGCAGUUCUCUUAAUAGGCAGUAAUGAAAGACACACGUGAUGCUUCUAUUACGAACAUCGGGAGUGCUUCUGUUGUUGUUGUUGUUGUUGUUGACAAAUGCAGACUCGGACUUAGAUGACAACUACGAUAUUUGCUUUCUGUGCUCAUGUAACGCAGAACAAAACAGCGUUGAUUGUUCCCAUAGAGGGCUGACUAUUCUUCCUGAUGGGAUAUCCGUAAAAGUUUCGAAACUUAACAUUUCCAACAACGACAUCUCAAUUUUUCCAACUAACCUCAGCAGACUAUAUAAUUUAGUAUCAUUGGACAUAAGUGGGAAUCAAAUAAAUCGGUUGCCUGAAAAUGCUCUUCAAAAUCUUACAGCAUUAGAAAUUUUGAAUUUGUCAAAUAAUGGCUUCGAAACAUGGUUAAGUUUAAAUCCCAACGAAGUUUUAAAACCAGCUGUAAAAUUAAAGAUUUUAGAUUUAUCCAAUAAUAAUUUGAAAACACUGGCCAAUUUGGCUAAUCAAGAACUAUUCAUUAGUCCAACAUUGGAAACAUUAAUUUUGAAUGACUGUCAAAUAGAUGCUGUUUACGGAAGGUCGCCUCUAAGUGGACUUAUUAAUAUAAGAGUAUUAAAACUUGAUAACAAUCCUUUGUUAAGAAUACAAAACCUUAUAUCACCGACCUUAAGGAGUCUAUACUUGAGUAAUUGCCAACUUAGCUACAUAAAUAAUCAUGAACUAUCUUAUUUACCUUCGCUACUGUAUUUGAAAAUGUCGCACAAUUAUCGUUUAGAAUUAUCUGCAACGUCCAACUCGUUAUUCUCCGAGUCCUUAAAGUUUUUGGACAUAUCAUAUUGCAAUGUGUUCAAACCAAAUUUAGCAGGAUUUCCAAACCUAAGAAAAGCUAUAAUAAAUCAUAAUAUGAUAAGAUAUCUAGGAAGCAACGAGUUUAUAAAUAAUACAAAACUUGAAUAUUUAGAUCUUUCCUACAAUAACAUAGGGUCUAUAAAAGGCGAUACUUUCCGUGGACUUAAUAUGCUAAGGUUUUUAGAUUUAUCUUGGAAUGAAUUGGCUCAAAUACCUGAAAAUAGUCUCUUAGAAAUGCCAUCAGUGACCCAAGUGAAACUAGCAAGGAACUAUUUAAAUCGAGUUGGUCAUUUAAAAUCUACAUCAAUAACAAUCCUCGAUAUGAGUUCAUGUGAAAUCAGUGUGAUUGGGAAAGAUUCAUUCGAAGGGCUACCGUCGCUCAUUGAAAUGGACUUAUCCCAUAAUCUUAUAUCCCACAUACCUGACAGCAUAUCAUCGAACACGCUGAAGUAUUUGAAUUUAAACUUUAACAGAAUUAGCUCUCUAAGUAAUUUCACAUUUUUUAUGAUGCCUCAUCUGACCGGCCUCAGUGUGAUAGGAAAUCGUUUUACAAAUAUUUGGAGCAGAUCAUAUUUUGAAUUUAAUGUCAAUUUGGAUAGACUCGAUUUGAGCGAUAACAUGUGGAGAUGUGAUUGUCGUGAUGACAACAUGUAUGAUUUUUACGAGUUUGUUACUUUAGAACCAAACAAAAAAGAGGAAUCUUAUAAUCUUAUAUGUAACAGCCCUAUCAAUGUUAUAGGCCAGACUUGGUUAGAAGCAUGUUAUUUUGCUUGGUAUCCCGAUGCGAAGAAAGGAAACGCUGAUAACUUAAUAUAUUUUAUUAUUGUUAUGGUAGUUGGUUUAUCAUUAUGUCUUAUUAUUGUAACUGCUAUAAGAAGAUCUCUCAAACAUCGCUUGUUAGUUAUGCAAACAGAACGAGAAAGACAAGUUGAAGAAGCCAGGGAUAGAUUGAGACAAUUAAGAAUGCGAGCUGAACAAGAAGCGUUAUGUAAUACUCCAGAUCCAAGGGAUUUGAUACAACCACCGUCGUAUGAUGAAGCUCUCUCAAUGCCAAAACUAAACGUAUCCUGUCAUUCGUUGAACGAAACCGGAACUGGCAAAAGUAAACGAAGGAGAGGCAGGAGGAAAACUAAGUCAAGCGGAGAUUUACUCGAAGAGACAGAAAGGAAUGGAGAUGUUCGGGUAGUUGAUGACAUAGAAUUGACUGAAACACCUAAUAUCGAUGAUAGACGGCGUCGGCGGCGUAACAGAAGAUACGGUAGUCACGAUAUAGCAGAACUCGAUGAUAGUCCUGGUGCGAGAAGGAGACGAAUGUCCGCUGUCGAACCACACGAAAAUAGCGUCAUGCUGCAAGUUGAAGCAGAAUUAGAGACACCCAAUAAUCGACGAGUAGGCUUAAAUGACAGUCACCCACGAGAAAGUGACUUUUAAUUUAUUUGACAAAUAUACCUUUUUCAGUCAAUUUAUAUUGAUGAAAAGUUGUACGAAAAUGAUUAUAUCUGUUUACAUACAACUCAGAUGUUUUUAAAACUCUAUAACAAUUUUCGAUAGAUUAUUUUGCUUGAGAAAAAAAAAAACAAAAAAUUAAAAUAUUGAUAUUUCCCCAAAAAAUACAAGCAUGGAGAAAAAAGUCAGUUAUUUUUAUAAUGUGUAAUUAUCUAAAUAUUGUAAAUAGUAUUUUAUAUAAAAUUGUAAGAAUUUUCGUAACGCUAAUAAUGAAUAAUAUAUUGGAUAUCGUUUCUACUAAAAAAAUAAUUUCUAUGGAAUGAUAAAACCUAUUUUACUACUAAAUCUGACAUUUAAAUGUCAUUUUAAGAAACGAUUACAUAAAGAGUAUUUUUAUUUCAUAAAGCUUUUACUAGAAUAGAAAAUCUUUCGUUAUUCAUACAUUUCUACUAAUGCCGUUAAAAGUUUAAAACUAAAUUAAUAAAAUUGUAGAACCUUAUAGUGUUUUGUAAAUAAUGUUUAGUUAAGUAAUGAAAUGAAUGUAAGGAUGUCACGUUAAAGAUAUGAAGUUUUCAUGAAUUUAAAUAGUGUAAUGUCUUUCAUAUAUUUGGAAUAAUUAAUUAUCAAAAUAAUAUAUAACCUACGAAAU